AUGAUUGCUGUCAAGACAGUUAUCAACCGAGUUUAUCACAAAAUCACUGGUUGCCAGUUCAGUCAGACACAAAUUGCUGGUCUGUCGGACUGGUACAGGGCACAGGUGAAGGUCAGCAUCGGGACCACCUGUUACGGCUCAGCAGUGGACUUGAGUAAAUUACAUAUACUGGAUGAUGAGGGGUCUAAUCAUGCUUCAUCACAGAACAUGUGCCCAAUCAGUACAGAGCACAGGAGGAGAAGUGGGUAUAUAGAUUCAGUGGAGGUGAGGAGUUCAUUUAGCUCUUGCGUUGGAAGACCGCAGACUGAAACUUGUAAACCAAUCCGAAACACAACAAUGCAUUCUACCAUGAUCCUCCUGGGUAUCUUCUUUGGCUUGCUGACCCAGGCGUACACUCUACCCGUUAAGAACUCCACAGGAGUACAUGAGGGAAAAGUGAGAUUGAAAAGGAAAUACUCAGAUGAAAUUACAGACCGUGAUGAAAUGAAUGUAAUGGAUCAAAUCCUGGAGGUCAAUAGCAGGUUGCGAACCCCUCGAGGACUGACAUUUAGAGAAGGAGACAUUGCCAGUUCAUACGUGAAGAGUGCGAUAACCUGCCCUGGCAAUGCCUGUCUGUGGCCUAAAUCAGUUGAUGGAUUUGUUUAUGUGCCAUUCAUCCUGUCCCCGCUUUAUGAUGACAUGGACAGAAUCACCAUAGAAACUGGCAUGCAAGACAUUUCCUCUGGAACAUGCAUUAAAUUUGUUCCACGCACUCAUGAAGCCAGUUUCCUUGAUAUUCAGCCUAGAUACGGCUGCUGGUCGUUUCUGGGGCAGACUGGGGGAAGCCAGACCUUGUCACUGCAGACUCCUGGAUGCAUGUGGUCAGGAGUGGCUGCCCAUGAGUUCAUGCACGCUCUUGGCUUUGUACAUGAGCAGUCCCGCUCAGACAGAGACCACUAUGUUACAAUUGUAUGGAAAAACAUCAUGCCAGACCACAUUCAUAACUUCAGGAAACAGGUGACGAAUAAUCUCAACAGCCCAUAUGACUACAGCUCUGUCAUGCAUUAUGGAAGAUAUGCCUUCUCUGAAGAUGGUGGACCAACAAUAAUCCCCAAACCAGAUCCUUACAUUCCCAUUGGCCAGCGAGAUGGGCCAAGUGCUCUAGAUCUUCAUAAAAUAAAUGUCCUUUAUAACUGUGGUGCCAAUGAGUAACUGGAUCCAGAGCGUUACAUUCGGCUAUUCUGUCAUAUUCUUUUAAAUCUGCUCUCAGGUCAUGUCAGACGGUUAAUUAGAAGUGCUGGUCUUCAGCAUAUUAUGUGGGAAACGUGAUUUUUUUGUAAUUUCAUUUUCAUUACACAAAUCAGAACUGUUAUAGUGUCAGACUGACAUGCCUGCUGCUGCCAAUCAAAUCACUGCAUCCAAUCCUUUCCGCCUCCUUCUCAGCUUCUGCUCACUUUAAAUAAAGACAAUGCAA